AUGAUAGGUCUGGCGGCCUCACUAGGCUACGGCGCCGCCUCGGAACUCCUUCGUCGAUCUUCCUCUACUAGUGGCUCAGGAGGAGGAGGGGGAGGGGGGUCGUUGAUGCUGACAGAAGCGAAUGUGAAUAGGCUGGUUAGUAAGCUUUCGAAGAUGAGAGGUGCGGCGUUGAAGUUGGGGCAGUUUAUGAGUAUCCAGGAUACGCAUGUCCUUCCGCCCGAGGUGGAUAGGAUAUUCAGGAGAGUACAGGAUAGUGCGCAUUACAUGCCGAAUUGGCAGAUGGAGCAAGUCCUCUGCUCCGCACUCGGUUCCUCCUGGCGCUCCACUUUCCUCUCCUUCGAACCUAUCCCCUUCGCAGCCGCCUCGAUAGGACAAGUCCACCGCGCCGUGCUCGAUCCCGCCGUGCUCGUAUCGACCGAAGACGGCGGGAUCAAAGUGGCCGUCAAAGUCCAGUUCCCGAAUAUCAGGCGGAGUGUGGAGAGCGAUUUGGGGUAUGUGAAGGCGUUGUUGACGGCUGGGAGCGUAUUGCCGAAAGGGUUGUUUCUCGAGAGGACUAUCAAAGUUAUGAAGGAGGAAUUGGCGGACGAGUGCGAUUAUGCGCGGGAAGCUUCUUUCCUUCGCUCGUUUGGGUCGGCUGGGCGGCUGGGGAAUGAUUCGAGGUUUAAGGUGCCGUGGGUGUGGGAGGGAAGCACUGAUACGGUGCUGGUCAUGGAGAGAGUAGAUGGCGUUAGUCUGGGUGAGGAGAGCGUUGGUAGGUUGGGAAGGGAGGAGAAAGAUGAGAUCGCGUCUCGUAUCAUCGAGCUGUGCUUGAAGGAGUUGUUCGUGUUCAAGGAGAUGCAGACGGAUCCGAAUUGGAGUAACUUCUUGUGGAAUGAGAGGACGAAGCAGAUCGAGCUCGUUGACUUCGGUGCCACGCGGUCUUAUAGCGAUGUAUUCAUGGACGAUUGGUUGAGAUUAUUGCAAGCGGCUGCGGAGGAGGACAUAGAGGGAUGCAGAGAGUGGAGCUUGAAGCUUGGGUACUUGACGGGUGAGGAAUCUGAGACGAUGCUCGCCGCCCACAUCAAAUCCAUGACCCUCCUAGCCACACCCUUCCGCUCCUCCACCCUCCAACCAUUCGCUUUCGGUCCGGGGACGCAAUGGCAGGAGAUAACGCGGGAGAUCAGGGAACAGAUACCGGUGAUGCUGAAGGAGAGGCUGACGCCGCCGCCGAGGGAGACUUAUUCGCUUAAUCGGAAAUUGAGCGGGGCAUUUCUGUUGGCGUCGCGGUUGGGGGCGAGGGUGGAUUGCAAGAAGCUUUGGGAUGAGGUUGUGGAGGGGUAUAAGUUCAGUUCGUGA